UUUUGAAAUUUUCGAAUGAUAAAUUUUUUUGCUGAAUAAAUCGCUGAGAUGGUCCAUGGGCCGAACUGGUAUGUUAUUUUCUGCCAACUCUGCACAAAAUAUAAGCUCUGUUUUUCUUACUUCUUCAGAUUUGGGUCCUUUACUUUGAAAAUUUUUAUCGAUAUGAAAAUAAACAGUAUUUAACUAAUUUUCCUAUAUUUAUUAUAUAACAACUGAAAAUGUAUCAUUUUAUUUGCAAAAUAAUUUGGUGCUCCUAUACUUGUUGCCCCAAGAUCUCCAGACCCAUCGGUGAUGGCUAAUAUUUGAUGAUUACAUUUAGCUCAGAGUCUGACAGCAUUUCUGUAAAUUGAGAAGUUAUUAUCUACAAUGGAGGUGUUUAAUAAGUUCUAUUCAUCUGUUACGAGUACGGUUUCUCAAUUGUCUGGUGUACUCCCUGGAAAUCCAGUGACUAGAGAAUUUGAAGCUACCCAAUACAUCGCAAGUGCUGGGCCAGGUCUGUUGUGGAAGGUUUAUAAAGGCUACAAAAAAUCAACUAAGCAGGAGGCUUCGAUUUUUGUAUUUGAAAAGAAACAAUUAGACAGAUGGUCAAAAGCAGACAGGGAUAUCAUGUUAGACAUAUUAAAACGGGGUAUUGUACAGCUAACUAAACUCCGCCAUCCUCAAAUACUUACAGUUCAGCAUAGUUUAGAAGAAAGCAGAGAAAGCUUAGCAUUUGCUUCAGAGCCGGUUUUUGCUAGCUUAGCAAACAUUCUUGGUUACACAGAUAACAUGCCACAGCCGACACCUAGUCACCUUGUAAACUAUAAACUGUAUGAAGUUGAGAUUAAGUAUGGUCUUAUGCAAAUAGCUGAAGGUUUAGCAUUUUUACAUAAUGAUGUAAAAUUGUUACAUCACAAUAUUAGUCCUGAAUCUAUUGUAGUUAAUCAACAAGGAGCUUGGAAAAUAUUUGGAUUUGAUUUUUGUAUUGCAAACCAGAGUACUACAGGACAAGCACCAUUUUGGCCUUUUAGUGAGUACUGCCAGGCUAUGCCAGCAUUGACACAAUCAUCUUUGGACUAUCUAGCUCCUGAAUAUAUACUUUCUGCGACUCAUUCUCCAGCCAGUGAUAUAUUUUCUUUGGGUAUGCUUGUCUAUACUAUUCAUAGCACUGGGCAUCAACCGCUUGGAAAUAUUAGUGGGGAUUAUUCUAAAUUCAGAAGGUUUGUAAAUGAAUUGAGAAAUCUGCCUACAUCAAAGCUUCUAUGUGUAGCAGAAGGGUUAAGAGAAUAUGUAAAACUUAUGUUAAAUGUUACACCAGAGUUGAGGCCUGAUCCUCAUCAAUUGUUAAAGAUAUCUUAUUUUGAAGAUGUUGGUGUGAAAACUCUAAACUAUUUAGACUCUCUCUUUCAAUGGGAUAACCUUCAAAAGUCUCAAUUCUAUAAAGGUUUACCACAGAUUAUUCAAAAAAUGCCCCACAGAAUAUGCAUUUAUAGAAUUUUGCCAUGUCUAUCAAAAGAAUUUGUCAAUCCACCAAUGGUACCUUUUAUACUACCUAAUGUUUUAUUGAUAGCAGAAAAUUCAACAAAAGAGGAAUUUAUCAAAUACAUACUGCCUGUUUUAAAACCUGUUAUGUUAAUACAAGAACCAAUACAAAUAUUACUUAUUUUUAUGCAAAAAAUGGAGCUAUUGCUGAAACUUACUCCAGGUGAGGAAGUAAAAACAGAUAUUCUUCCAAUGUUGUAUCGAGCAUUAGAAUCUGAUGCACAGCAAAUACAAGAAUUAUGUUUGUCAGUGUUACCAACAUUUGCAUCUUUAAUCGAUUAUCCAGCUAUGAAAAAUGCUUUGUUGCCAAGAAUAAAAAAGUUAUGUCUACAUACAAAUUAUUUAUCUGUUAGAGUAAACUGUUUGUUAUGUCUGGGAAAAUUAUUGGAACAUUUAGAUAAAUGGCUUGUCCUGGAUGAAAUUAUACCAUUCUUGCCUCAAAUACCUUCACGGGAACCAGCUGUACUAAUGGGAAUUCUUGGUAUAUACAAAUUAACUCUAAGUCACAAAAAAUUAGGUAUUACUAAGGAAGUGAUGGCCACAAAGGUUUUACCUUUCUUAAUACCACUUUGUGUAGAAAAUGGUUUAACAUUGAAUCAAUUUAAUGCCCUCAUGUCCUUGGUAAAGCAAAUGAUAUCGAAAGUGGAGGCUGAGCAUAGAACUAAGCUGGAACAACUUAAUUCCAUACAGAAUGAAUCUAAAGUAAUGGAGCAUGCGCUGACACCUACAUCAGACAACUUAGUACCAACACCACAAACAGACAUUGACAAGAUGUUUUCGGGUCUUGGAAUUGAUCCAUUCGCAUUAAGUUCUAAACCACAGGAGAAGGAAGCAUUGCCACCUCUUAAAGACGCAAUGUCUCUUAGUAUGGAAGAUAAGCAAAGGUUAGCGCAGCAACAAGAAACUCAACGGAAGAUGUCACGGCAAGCACCAACGAUGCCCACGGCCAAAGUUGUACCUCCCCCACAACUUCCUAAAGCUGUAGAUUUAACCAGUUCGUUACUUCAAUCUAAUCUUACACAAUUGUCGAAACCACAAUCUAGUUUAAACCCAAAUUUUACUCACAAUAACAAUUCAAUGACCUAUCAAAUGAGUACUAAUAAUUUUAUGAGCUCAUCUCCAAUAGGAAAAGUGGGAAACGCUAUUGGAAAACCUGUUGGGAGUCCGGUUGGGGAUACAAUUACUAGUCCAAUUGGUAAUACAAUAACUAGCCCAAUUGGUAAUACAAUGACUAGUCCAAUUGGUAAUACAAUAACUAGCCCAAUUGGUAAUACAAUGACUAGUCCAAUUGGUAAUACAAUAACUAGCCCAAUUGGUAAUACAAUGACUAACCCAAUUGGUAAUACAAUUAAUAGUCCAGUUAGUAAUACAAUGGGUGCAAUUGGAAAUUUAAAUUCCCCAAUGAGUAGUAUGACUUAUGGUUUUCAAAAUCACUUAGCUCUAACAUCCUCUCCACCACCAAUUGGUAAUUUUAAUAAUAAAUGGACUAAUCAAACAAAUGUUAAACAAGAUUGGUCCGCCUUUGAAUCUCUUUUACCGAAUUCUAAUGAAACUAAAAAUAGUAAUGAGAAAAAAUUUAGUAAUAAUGAAAUGAUGGAUUUAUUGGGUUAAUGAAAUACAGAUAAUAAUUUAUUUAAUAUGAAGACGUUAUCGUUUGUAACGAAAAUUUGCAGAUUAUUUUUUUAAUGGUACUUACUGGUAAAUUUUUACUUUAAGUCUUAUUUGAUUAAUUUAUAGAUGAUUUAUUCUAAUUUUAGCACAUCUAAUGACUGAUAUGUAAUAAAUAAAAGUUUGACAUUCCUCGUACAAUCUAAAAAAAUUGAUAGUUUUUCAGUAGUGAGAUUAUAGUAAUGUUUUGUUUAUUGUGGUAUUAUUAGUAGAUUAUUAUUAAAGAUGAAUUUGUUAUGGCUGGGGUAAAAACAUCUAGCUGUGACAGGAAUAUAAUGAAUCAAAUUAUGGUAAUGUUCCUAAGAGAUUGGAUUGGAGACGAGGACUGCGUUCGCGUUUGUACAUAUCAAGUCUUAAACGUUUCGAAUAUUUUAAGUUUUUCUUAUAUAUAUAUAUAUAUAUAUGACGGAUAAGAACAAGACAUUCAAACGCUAUUUUUGUGGUUUUUAGUUGGUUGGAAAAAAUACUAUCCACUGCUGGACAACUAGAUAUAAUUUAAUAAAAAUGUCAGGUAUAAAAAUCUAGACAAACGUAUUAAAAAUACGUAAUUGUACAAAAAAUAUUUAUUUCGAUUAAAAAAGUAUUAUAAUUAUUUAGUCGCCUAAAUAUAUAUAUUAAAUUCCGUAAUUGGGUUGCUUUGUAUUACUUUAUAACUAUAAAAUACAAUUAUAUACUUUACUUCCUGCUUGCUAUGUUAUAACUAAUUGAAACAAUAAUUACGUACUACGACAUCGCAUAUUAUGUUUUAUCAAAAUUUUGUUUUGUAAGUCAUCCUUAGAAUUAAGUAUUUAAUAUUAUAUUAUA